AUGGUCAGAAGCCAGAUGGAUCCCCUUGACAAAAAGGCUGGGUGCAUUUCUUCUGUUCUGCUUGUAUAUGACGCACUAAGAGAAAACUUGUUUAACUGCAUGUUUUCAGCCUCUUCCAAGUACAAGAGACUUCUGGCUGCGCACAAAGAGCAUAAAGAUGAAAACACGCUCAAACUUCUUGCUAGCUCAAUUAGGACCGAUCUGUAUGCAUCGAUAGAAGCCACAGAAAGGUUCGACUUUUUAAACGGUAUUUUCAGGGAUAUGGCACUAAGAUUUCUUGAAGAAAUAGCGCCUAGGAGCAUGCGGAUCUCUUCAGGCAGCUCCCACGAUAACUUUGCGUUUUCCAUUCGGAAAGACAUGGAAAGCUGCGCCUCCAAGGACGACUGCAUAUACACGCUCUACAGGAUGAAAGAAGUGCAAAAGAUGAAGACGGAUGAAUCCUCACUUUACACCGAACUUCUAGAGAUAGGAUCGUCCGGAGAAGAAUUCAUAGAAAAUGGCCUGAAAGAGUUGGAUAGUAUGCUGGAGAGGCUGAAGACCCGCCUGGGCACAAAGCGGCUUACCAUGCAGAUAGAGGAAAAGGCUCUGGAUAUGCUUAAAAUGGAGACGGUUAUGAGCGAAGUGGAAACCCUUUCGGGUGCUCUGAACAGACUGUACACCAAGAAAUCAGGAUAG